GAGGGCUCCAGGUUCCGACCUCGCAGGGCCUGUACCAUUACAAUGGUACGAGUGUGUUCGGCUCCAGUUGCCAGACUUGGGACGCAUUCCUCGUUGGUUUGUGCGAAGCUGGCGAUCCGGCGUGCCAGAGCUUGUACUGCUACGUCGAUCCAUCGAACUGCAGCACCGCCAGCUAUCCGAGUGUUUACUUCCUUGGGAUGGACCUGCAGUACUCCUACCUGUCCUGCGGCUACCAAAGCGGUCAAGAUGACCUCACUGCGCAAAUCCGGGGUCAACUGGCUGGGCAAACCUACACCUUUGCAUAUCCGGCAAGCAGCCGCCCAUGGCACUACGAGCAGGAUGGAGAGUGGACAGGAUCCGUCGCCAGCUUCUUCAAGAAGGUGGCGAACUCCGCGCAAUUUCAGACCACCCGAGUACCUGUCUCCGACGCCUCCCUCAGCUUGUUUGCUUCCCCCUGGGAUGCAUGCGUUCACGAUGUGCAAAUGCAGCUUAUUGAUUUCUGCAUCUCCGUGAUCAUGGAGACAGAUACGCGGCGGCAGAUGGCCACUUUUUCGAGCCCGAUCAUGGCAGGAAACAUGAAGCUGAUGGUGCGCAAGCAGGUCUAUGACAACCGCUGGGACCCGAGCUUGGGCUUCAAGUCCGUGUGGUUCAGCUGGCUGCAGCCUUUCUCGCCCUUUUUGUGGCUGCUUGUGGGGCUGCUGGUCAUUGCGGCCGGCAUUGCCUUCUAUUGGGCCGAGGAGGCACCAGAGACCGGCUGCUGCAGCGAAAGUCCCUGGACCUCCCUGAAGACCGGGGUCUCUCAAGGCACUCUUUCUUUCUUUGCUGGUGGCGACCUUGGUGAUACCAAGACGCGCGCGGGUAUGUGGAUCCGGGUUGGUUUCGCAGUCUUCAGCAUGGUGAUGCUGGCAUCUUACACGGCCAACCUGGCUACGAUGCUCGUGAUCGAUGCGCAGCAGUCCUCGGGAAUUACCAGCAUCAAGGACUGUGACCCUCCCUCGGAUCUUUGCCAGAAAGUCUGCGUCAUCUCGCAGCAGCUGAACUUGGUCCGAGCGCAGCACCCUACUAUGGAUGUCGUCGUCUUCCAGAACUCCGGAGAUCUCGCAGGCGGUCUCGUGAACGGCGAUUGCCAAGCAGCCAUUGUCCCCGAGCACGACGUCAAUGCCCGAUCAGACUACCAGGAGACGAUGUGCGAGAAUGGCUUCCACCUG